AUGUGCACAACAUUUGAACUGACCACUCGACGUCCUGAACUUGGCUGGUCCCAUGUUGAAUUUACAAUUCAGCAGGACAUGCACAUGGCAGGCAUCGCAACUGAGACCAGAAGCAGUGUCAAACCACGGGGUACGACAUUCGGGAUAAUAGCCCACGAGCGUGGUGAGCUGCCCUUCAGCGCUUACGAUCGUAACAUUUACACUACUCUGGCGCCAGAAAGUGAGGUCUCCAUUUACUACUCAAAGUCGGUGACGAGACGUGCCAAUACAGCGAGGAACCCUUGUCAUGAUGGUGCGGACGCGGCCUGGCUUGCUAAAACUCUCGAGGAGACUGGAGAAAACGGAACAUUUCUGGACUUUCUCGAUCGUCGUCGGCUAGGAAUUGAGAAAAAACGCGCCUGGCCCACCAAUAAUGUGCCAUAUUUACCCGAUCACCAAGCCACUGACAUGCGCACCAACGAACGGCGGCAGCCAGCCACCCUGAAAAGUGCAAAAGCCGUUAGUCUCUUUAAUACCGAGUUCCUUUAUAGCCGUGAGGCCUGCGGAUGGAAGGUGUGUUGCAUGAAGGUCGCUCUGGAGUGCGGAUGCACCUGUACAAUGGACUGGCUUCUCUCCACAGCUACUGCGAAUUGCCCAAAUGAUCGGUGCGAACGCACUCAGUGCUCCGAUUCGCCUGUGCUCUACGACCAGUGUCCAAUGCCCUGUGUGCUUUCAAAGUUCGUUAAACAAAAUCUUCUUGUCAUCGAACCACCAGACUCAAAGCUGCCUGCAAACACCUCGAAAUUGAAGCUUAUCCGAUCAGAAAAUGUCCAAGUUGCUGCCGAAGAGGAGAUCUAUUCGCUAGCAAAAUUAUUCUCAGAAAUUGGUGGUCUCUGCUCCCUGUUUAUUGGAUUCUCGUGUAUCUUCAUAUUCGAAUUCCUCGAGGCAAUGCUACUGAUAAGGCAAGGCGAUAAAACGGAGAUUCAAAGGCACAAGGGGAAACAGGCUUUGGAUGAUCCCAUUACACAUUACUGUUGUGCGUCGGAAGCGAAGGUAGCAGCAUUGCCGCAAACGGUACAAAGUCCCAGUAGGGAGCAGAGCCCUCCCCCGGUUAUGAGUAAUCACCAUCUUGGACAGAACCAGCAGUUACCACUCCUUCCCUCACCAGCACCAUUGUCAAUACUACCGCCAGAGGAAGGUGUGACAUUGCCAGUCAUUCUUCGCUCUGGUCUGAUUACCACCAAUGGUGUGGAAAGACUUACGGCUGCAGAGAUGAGCAGUAUGAAGGAAAACUCCUACCUUCUAGCUGAUUCACAAGGCUAG